UACUUAGUAGCAUCAUAUCCAAUAUGGCGGUCAUGUCAGGCUGUUUGUAGACCGUCUGGAAAAAAAAUAUUUUAAAAAUUGUCUGCGAUUCGUCACACUUGUCACUACCUGCCCUUUAGUGUCACCAGCUGUUCCUACGUGUCACCAGCUGUUCCUACGUGUCACCAUCUGUUCCAAACAUCACCAGCUAGAAUCAUCACCAGCUGUCAAGAGCUUUAACCUUCAGUAACUUUCAACAUGGCCUCCCACGAAAACAGCCGCUCCGCCAACCACAACGAGGUUAUGACGGCCCAGUACUUCACGGAGAGCGAAUGUCUGACGACUGACUCGAUGUCGUACAACACGCCAAAAACCGGCAAGACGGGGGACGUCUCCAAACCUCAGGGGAAGAACAAGCAGGUCGAGUUAGAUGAGCCUGAGGAUGACGACACGACCUACACCAGGAUUCGUCGGAUCAUUCGAGAGAGGAGGGGCUUAAGGAAAGUCCCCCUGCUCAGUCUAGGGACGCCGGCCACUGUCAUCGUCUUUGGGAUUGUGGUCUACCUCAUCUAUUCCUUCCGGACAGCCAAACAGCUUUGAUUGGACAGUUCAACUUAAAUCAACAGCCAACUGAACAGCCAAACAGCCAAACAGCUUUGAUGGGACAGUCCAACUUAAAUCAACAGCCCACUGAACAGCCAAACAGCUUUGAUGGGACAGUCCAAUUUAGCUAAACAGCCCACUGAACAGCUAAACAGCUUUGAUGGGACAGUCCAAUUUAGCUAAACAGCCCACUGAACAGCUAAACAGCUUUGAUGGGACAGUCCAACUUAGCUAAACAGCCCACUGAACAGCUAAACAGCUUUGAUGGGACAGUCCAACUUAGAUCAACAGCCAACUGAACAGCUAAACAGC